AUGCGCUUCUCUGCACUUAUCGCACUCGCACUUCUCGCGUCACCUGCUCUCGGCGCGCCUAUUGGGAGCUCAAAAAAGCCCAGGCCAGUCCCAGCCAAGCCCGCUCCUAAGCCCGCCGCUCCUGCUCCGGGCCCUGCGAAGCCAGCGGCGACCAAACCGAAGCCUACGCCCGAAUCUGAGCCUGAUGCGGAGGGAAGUGGUAAUGGAGGCAUCAGCGGCAUUCUCCCUGGAUUCGCAACAGCUGGUACAGAUAUCAUACCAGUCAUUGUAGGAGGCUACCAAGAUAGACAGGCAUUGUCGGCAUCGAUAUCAGCGCAAGCGGCCUUGCAAAGUGCGUCGCUCUCGGCACAGGCUGCAGAGGCCACUGCCACUCUGACGCCUGCAGCUGCGCCCAGUGCUCCAACUCGUCGGAUGGUUCGCCGUACUGCCAAGUCGCGCUUGAGUGGGAAGGAAAGCAGUGGCAGCAAGCCUGCUGGGAAGAAGCCCAGUAUCAGUAUCAAUCCGGCUAUUGGAAACCCUGUGCUCGACGGGACAGGGAAAGUCCUUGCAAGCGUUAUCGCCGGAACAAACGAGAGGAGCCUCAUCAUUGAAGGCGCUAGCGCACAGUUGUCCUUGCUUAGCGCUUCCGUGGCGACGACUGCCCAGGCGUCUGCUAGCGCUCCUGCCUCCGUGACCACUGCCCUCACUAGUGCCUAG